AUGGCUAAAAAGACCAAUACGGGAUUGCCAAGCAUGACUGUGACCAAUAUCCUGAAUCGCCUGCAUACAGGGUUGGGUCUGCCGCUUUCAAUGCACCCUAUUACCUGUUUUGUCCCACGCCUGUCGUUACGAACUUUUGCAAAAGUGAGUGUAUCUUUCCAGUCCGUGCGGAAGAUUUUCUUAAGGGUUAAACAAGCUCUAUCUCCUCGGUUUUGGGAUCAGAGUAGUCCUUCUCCUAAGACGGUCACCGGAGGGCUAGUGAGCCCAUCUUUCCUAUGGACACUUUGUCUAAACCUUCAGUUCAAACCUAUCUGGGAUGGGAGAUCCUAUCGGAGGAGGCAUAUUGACUGUCAGCAUAGCUUGAAAUCUUGUUAG